AUGUCCGAGAACCAGCCCAACGCCAACAACCACCACCCGGCCAACAACAACGGGGGUGGCGGGGCUGCCGGGGGAAACAACCGGGGUGUCCGAAACCCCAACCUCAACCAGAACCCCCUGAUCAACGUCCGCGAUCGGCUCUUCCACGCGCUGUUCUUCAAGAUGGCCGUGACCUACGCUCGCCUCUUCCCACCCUCCUUCCGCCGCGUCUUCGAGUUCUUCGUCCUCCUCAAGGCUCUCUUUGUGCUCUUCAUCCUGGCUUACAUCCACAUCGCCUUCUCCCGCUCCCCCAUCAACUGCCUGGAGCACGUGCGGGACAAGUGGCCGCGCGACGGGAUCCUGCGGGUGGAGAUCCAGCGCAACUCCAGCCGGGCCCCCAUCUUCCUGCAGUUCUGUGGGGUCGAGAAGUUCCCGGGAAUGGUAGUUGAAUCCACAGCUGAGGAAGAGGAGGAGGAGGAGGAAAUGACUGUGGAUAUGUUUGAAAACAGCUCUGUCAAGUUUGAGCUGGACAUCGAGCCCAAGGUGUUCCUCAAGCCAUCCCGGGUGAGCAGCACCGAGGCCCUGACCCACAACGAAAGCCAGGAGUUCUCAUUUAGUGAAGCAGCCACUAAAGUGUGGCCGCAGGAGGAAUACAUCGUGGAAUAUUCGCUGGAAUACGGGUUCCUGCGCCUGUCCCAGAGCACCCGACAGCGCCUCAGCAUCCCGGUCAUGGUGGUGACCCUGGAUCCCACCAGGGAUCAGUGCUUUGGGGACAGGUUCAGCCGCCUGUUGCUGGACGAGUUCCUGGGUUAUGAUGACAUCCUGAUGUCAAGUGUCAAAGCUUUGGCUGAAAAUGAGGAAAACAAAGGUUUCCUUCGCAACGUGGUCUCUGGGGAGCACUACCGCUUCGUCAGCAUGUGGAUGGCCAGGACGUCCUACCUGGCAGCCUUUGUCAUCAUGGUCAUUUUUACUCUCUCUGUUUCCAUGCUGCUGCGCUACUCGCACCAUCAGAUCUUCGUCUUCAUUGUUGACCUGUUGCAGAUGCUGGAAAUGAACAUGACAAUUGCGUUCCCUGCAGCUCCCCUCCUCACUGUCAUUCUGGCUCUAGUAGGGAUGGAGGCCAUCAUGUCAGAGUUCUUCAAUGACACCACGACUGCAUUCUACAUCAUCCUGAUCGUGUGGCUGGCCGACCAGUACGAUGCCAUCUGCUGCCACACCAACACCAGCAAGAGGCACUGGCUCAGGUUCUUCUACCUGUACCACUUUGCCUUCUACGCCUACCACUACCGCUUCAAUGGGCAGUACAGCAGCCUGGCACUUGUCACCUCCUGGCUCUUCAUCCAGCAUUCGAUGAUUUAUUUCUUCCACCACUACGAGCUCCCGGCCAUUCUCCAGCAGAUCAGGAUCCAGGAGAUGCUGCUGCAGAACCAGCAAGUUGGCCAGGGGACGCAGACAACACUCCAAGACAACCUCAACAACAACACCACGGCUGCCCCCGUGGAGGCAGGAGCCCGCCGGGCCCCCCUGGCCCCCGGGCCCCCUGGGGACAGCAGCAGCCCGGCCGCCCUGGCUCCCGCCGCGGCCGCCUCUGUCGGAGGAGAGGAGCUUAAGACCUUCCCCAGAUACUAG